GUGGACGGCUACAGUGUGGAAGUAGCUGGGGAGCUGGCGAGUCCUGCAGGAGGGGCAGGAGAGCGCGAGGAAGGCAGGAAGGGAGAAGGGAGAAAGUGGUCCGGUCCCUCCCCGCUUUCCUUUCCUUUUUUAUUUUAAGGAGAUGAGCUUCGGGAUUUUCCUUGCAACUUCAAAAAUCCCUCCUCCUCCCCCAACAUCCUCCACUUUUGCUUUAAACCAUCCCAGUCCCAGGCACCAAGGUCACGGUAGACGCCCCCUCUCUUAAAAGCAGGAAAGAACCCGCAACUGUUGGAAUCCUCCAGACCCGGGUCAGCCUCGCUGAGGAAUUCGAAGGCGGACACGGGAGAAGGGCGGUCGUGUGAAAGGGAGGCUCCUGCAGUGAGACCCAUCCCCGCUGAAGCGCCCAUUCCCACCAGCACCCACCCUCGAUGCCACCCACCAUGAGGACGGCGCUCCUGCUGACCUGGACCGUAUCCCUGAGUUACUUUGCAGACCCAGGGUUGGCAGCCUAUUUCUUCCAACAGCCCAUGGACCAGGUGAUUGUGUCCGGACAGUCCGUGACGCUGGCUUGCGUAGUGAUGGGCUACCGAGGCAUGGUGCAGUGGACCAAGGACGGGCUGGCCUUGGGGGGAGAAAGAGACCUGCCAGGCUGGUCACGCUACUCCAUUGUUGGAGAUGCAUCUGCUGGGCAGCAUAACCUGAGGAUUGACUACGCCGAACUGGAUGAUGAUGCCAUCUAUGAAUGCCAGGCCACUCAGGCCGCCCUGCGAUCGCAGAGGGCCAAGCUGACCGUACUCAUCCCUCCCAAUGACCCCGAGAUCCAGAACGGUCCCAUCGUGCAUGUGAUAUCCAACAUCCCCUACAACUUGUCGUGCCGUGCUGCUGGGGCCAAGCCAGCUGCCGAAAUCAGCUGGUACCGAGAUGGGCAACGCCAGGAGUCUGCCGUCUACUCCAAGGCCCUCAUGGACGACGGCAAGCGAGAAGUGGCUGUCAGCACCCUCCUCUUGACCCCCAGCAGCAGGGACAUGGGCAGCUCGUUCACCUGCCGAGUCAGCAACCCAGCAGCCCCAGCCGGCAAGCAGACCACGGUCACCCUCAAUGUGCAAUAUCCACCGGUUGUCAUGCUCUCGGUGCAGCCACAAACUGUGGCCGAGGGUGGCAAAGUGAGCUUUCUCUGCACGGCCACCUCCAACCCCGAAGUGACAGGAUACAGGUGGGCGAAAGGAGGUGUGCCUAUUCCAGAGGCCAAUGGCGACAGCUACGAGGCAACAGUUGACCAGUCCUUCUUCACAGAGCCUGUGUCGUGUGAGGUGUCCAAUGCUGUGGGCAGCACCAAUGUCAGCACGCUGGUGGAUGUGCAUUUCGGACCCCGCCUCGUCUCUCAGCCAAAGCCCCUGACAGUGGACAUUGGUGCAGAUGCCUCUUUCACCUGUACCUGGACUGGGAAUCCGCCUCUCACCCUGGCCUGGACCAAGAAAGGGUCUAGUGUGGUACUGAGCAACGGCAACACUCUGCAUCUCAAGGCGGUGACGCAGGAAGACGCCGGAGUUUAUGUGUGCAAAGCCAUUGUGCCACGCAUUGGAGUGGCGGAGAAGGAAGUGACCCUGGCUGUGAACGGUCCGCCCAUUAUCAGCGCAGAACCAAGCCAGCAGACUGCAGUGGGGACCAAGGCACGGCUGGAGUGCUUAGUGGGGAGCGUCCCACCUCCCGAUAGGAUAGCCUGGGCAUGGGGCGAACGGGUGCUGGAUGCUGGCUCGCUGGAUCGCUUCACCGUGGACACAGUGGUGACGGACCAAGGGGUGCUCUCGGCCUUGCUGAUCGACCCGACCCACGACUCCGACUUUGCCCUGCCCUACAACUGCACGGCCUGGAACCGCUUUGGUGCCCGCUCUGCGGCAGUCAGCUUGCGCCGCCAAGAAGUCCUGUCCGUCCUAAUUUUGGGUGCUUUGGCUGCCUCCGGCGUUGCUGCUCUCCUUCUCCUGGUGGUCUUCUUCUCUCUCUGCUACCGGCGCAAGCGCUGUGGGAAAGCCAAGCGGGGAACACAGCUCUCCAAGGCAGACAUCCUGGUACAGAUCACGACCAGUGAGAGCAGCCCCAGCCGGCCGAGUGAGACCGAAGACGAUGCCAAGGAGCCCAUGGCCACAAGCAGUGAGUCUCCAGCUACAUCCCACACUGAGCACAGUGAGAUCCUGGAGGAUGACGAAGGGAGCCAAGAGCUGAAGGAUCCCACCAAUGGCUACUACAAGGUGCGCGCCCACGAGGAACCAAGUUUGGUUAGCAGCUUCUCGGAGUACACGCCAGCCCCCCGCCCAUUGUUCGGGGCGACCUCUCUCUACCCUUCCACGGGGCCAGUUCAGCCCAAGCUGUACGAAUAUGCUCACCGCUAUACCCUGGGCACGCCCGGCUCCCGCUCAGCCUACGACCCCCAUGAGCGUCUUUUCCCCCAGGAGAACAUCUACAGUGGGACGGCCUACCUCACCGCCCCCUAUAGCCGGGCCUUCACCAGCUAUGUCAAACCAAGCAGCUACGAGAAAGCGGAGAGCGGCUACGGGCAGUCGGACCAGGCCAGCAAAGUCUCGGGUUGCUCUCGCUUCUCCUACACGUCCUUGUCCCAACAGUCUGACUAUGGGCGCCCCGCUCACCAGCGCAUGCAGACCCACGUAUGACUCGUGCCCGUCCCCUGCCAAAUGCCGGUCACCUCCGGAGAAAGAGAAAAGGGAACGGGCUCUGCUCACUUGUGGCUAACGGACUCAGAACUGCCAGGGUGAUAGACUUGCGACCCUCAUUUUCCUCCUGAGGGUGCCCAAUUCUCCUUGUGUGUAUAUCGAUGGGGUGGGGUGGGGACGGCGGCAGGUAGCUGGCUUGGCAGCCAAGAUGGCCGACAGCCCUCUCGCCAUCUUCUGACAGGGACCAAGCCCAUCUCCCUCGGGCAGCAAGGAAACCAACAACCUGCCUGCCUUCGCGCCAGGACGUGAAGAGUGGGUUUGAAAAUGGUGGAAAGCGCACUGCCUUGGCUGAAACAGAGGACAGACUUUCCGGGGAAUCUGUCUUGGCUUGUAAGAAUCCGGAUUCAAAAUGGCGGGCACGGUUGUCUGUCAGACAAAAGCAAUGGCAUAAGAAGCUAGUGGGUGCUGAAAACG